AUGGUUCUCAAGCUUGAUAUCUCUAAGGCUUAUGAUAAAGUCAACUGGAACUUUCUCUUCAAAGUUCUGAAGACUAUGGGGUUUGGAGAUAAACUCAUUAAACUUAUUGGGGAAUGCAUAUCUACGGUCACCUACUUUGUGCUUCUCAAUGGGAGCCCCCUAGAGAAUUUCAGGGCCUCCAGAGGUCUACGACAAGGGGAUCCUCUCUCCCCUUACCUUUUCAUCAUCCUUGCUGAAGUGUUGGAUUCUAAUUUUAACUCCAUGGUUAACAAAGGAGCUCUCCUAGGCAUCAAACCUGCCUCUAUGGUGCCUCCUAAUGUUCUGCAGCAGUUUGUCGAUGACACUAUUCUCUUUGGUAUCUCCUCUGUGUUGGAAGCUACGGGGGGUCUGGUUGCUGGUGGAGGGGUUAUUAGAACCCAAUUGGGGGCCCUUGUUGCUACUUAUGUGGGCAACCUGAAUGAGCAUUCCUCUAAUCAGGUUGAAGAAAUGGCCUUAGCCUGGGGAAUUUAUCUCGCCGUCACCAUGGGAAUUAGGAUUAUGGACAUUGGGGGUGACUCUAAGCUCAUCAUUGAUGUUGUCAAAGGGCGGAAUAGGCUCAAUUGGACCAUUGAGGGAACCAUCAGGGACACCCUGAGGCUCAUCUUCGGGCUUGAUUUGUUCAAAAUUGUACAUGUCUACAGGGAAGGCAAUAGAGUGGCAAAUGCCUUGGUGGGCCUCCCAGACCAUGUUAACUUCCUUCUUCAGGAAGAGAAAUAUAAAAUUCCUAUCAAUGAUUGA